AUGAGUCCAUCAUCGCUCCCUCUGAAAUUCGCCUUCUUCUUCUCCCUCUCUCUGGCCGGGGUCGUCUCAUUCGCCACCACCACCAACGCCCCCUUCGGAUUCCGUCGAAAGCCCAGAACCGUAUCAUAUCACUCUCUCUCCACAGCAGCCAAGCCCAAAGCCACAGUCUCGGAUUUGCUAUCCCUUCUGGGCCCACCUCAGCAGGCCAAGUCCGUCAACUCGCAGGUGGCCCGAGACCUCAUGCCGUGCUUCAGAUUCCUCGUCCCCUUUGACCAAAACCCAACUGCUCGCCGGAGCCAAAGAGUAGUUGAUGAGCUGAUUUUGUCGCCGCCGGAGCCUGUACUGGAGCUAGCUCGGCUCGCCCUUGACUCGGGCGCUGACCCUGGUGCUAUUCACCGAGCUCUUGAUCCGAUAAUUAUCACUGUACCUGAUGUUGAAGGAUCAAAUGAGGAUCGAUGUGAACUUACACGAACUCCCUACGGGAGGCAAUUCAUCAAUAAGGGACUGAAUUCUUACCUAGAAUUCCUAUUUGAAACUAUUGUUGAGCGUGGUCCCAGUGUUGGACUCAAUGUGUCUCUGAGUCGCUAUGACUUUUUCCAUGGCCAUCUUUUUCUUGCCAAGGAUUCUGGAAGACUCGGCAUUUUGUUUCAUGCUAAAGAGUACCCUGCCUAUGACAAAGAAAAUUUUCCAUACAAUAUGGGCUAUUGUCAAGUGGGAUCUAAUGUUGCCUAUGACAGUUCAAUGAAUUUAAGGAAUAUUCUCUGGCUUGCACCAUUGCCAAGUAAUUCCACGAAAGCAUGGCUGGCUCCAGGGGUACUUGUUGUCUUGGAUGCGUCUCCUGAAGGAAUAAUUUACCAAGAUCUCAUACCUGAAUACGUUAAUUUUGCAAGGACACUAUAUGAAGAGGAUUUCGGGGAAGUUGUAGUUGAUGUCAACUACCUCAAUGUGGGAGCUGAGGUGCCUAAUUUCCAAAUUUUUAUCUGCUGA